CCAACAACGUGUACGUGAGCUAGCUAGCUGUUCUGUCUUCCUGCUUCUCUCUGUAUGCUUUGUUUACGUGUGAACAGAAAUCCGUAAAUGUUGACCUUUCAUUAUCAUCGCGCCUGUUUGAGAACAAUUUGUGCAAAUUCUCCAGUUUUUCUGCGCCUGAAGGACAAUUCAAGAAAAAGGAUCGCUUUGACAAUGAGUUCCCAACAAGAACCAGGGCCUUCUGACCAGGAUUUUCCAAUGGCGCUCCUCAAACGGUUUCAGUCAUCAGGAAACCAGAUGUAUGCCUAUCGCAAAAAUAGAGAGGAGUAUCUUAACAAGACGCUGGAGGAGAAAGUGAAAGAGGGGAGACGUAAACGCUCCGACAUCAUCAGCAUCAAAGACGUACCUACAUGGCCAGAGUAUGCAGCCGAAAGAGAAAUCUCAUCUCAACCUGCAAAAAAAUCCAAGGGAGAGAACCUUGAGGAGAAGGUGUCCAUAUGGCAGGGUGAUAUCACGAAGCUGGAUGUGGAUGCUAUUGUCAAUGCUGCUAAUAACUCACUCAUGGGAGGUGGUGGAGUUGAUGGCGCUAUACACAGAAUGGCUGGGAAUAAGCUUCUUCAAGAAUGCAAGUUUCUCUGCGGGUGUGAUACUGGAGAUGCAAAAAUAACGGCAGGAUACCUCCUUCCAGCAAGAUAUGUAAUUCAUACUGUCGGGCCAAUCGUCCGUUCAUGCCCUAAAGGCGGAGUACCAGAGGAUCGGGAGCAAGAUCUUCAGAACUGUUACCAUACAUGUCUCCAGAGAGCUCAUGAUCACAACGUCAAGCAGAGAGAACGAGCAGAGAUAUGGAUGAAGCAAGAUGCAAGCAGCGAGGAAAAGACACAGGACAGUGUCCCAGAACAGAGACCCCAAGAUGUCCCCACGGAGGAACAACCUACAAGUCCGGAGCAAAAAGAACAGCGUGCAGUAUCGGAGGAGAAUCAAACAGACAAAAAUGAUAAAUCUGUGGAGAAACCGGAUGAUAAUGCUGAGAGUUUGGGCGAGGAUGGCAAUGGACCAGGAAAAACAGCGAGCGUGGUUAGGGAAGAGGUUGUCGAUAUGAGAAAGGAUUGUGUUGAAGGGGAUGAUAAAGGAGAAGAGGGUGUUAAAGACGAAGAGAGGAACUUAAAAGAUGUGGACAAAGAGGAUAAACCAGAAUCUCAAAGAGAGAAUGUUAAAGGAGACUCGAACUCAAAGACAGAAAGCCCAGCUGAGGCAGCAGAUGAAAACAAGAGAACGGGAGAGAUCAAGUCUAAAGAAGAUACUCUGAAGGAAAUGACAGAUAAACCAGAGCCUCUGAUUCAAUCUAUUGCCUUCCCUUGUAUAUCAACUGGAAUUUAUGGUUAUCCACAGGAGGACGCUGCUUAUGUUGCAUUAGACAUGGUCAAGAAGUGGUUUGUUGAACAUGAAAAGACAGAUAUUGAGAGAAUCAUCUUCUGCCUGUUCAUGCCCAACGAUGUAAGGAUCUACGAGAAACUCUUGCCACUCUACUUCCCGCUCAAUGGAGAGAAAUGUGAACCUAGUGACCCAGUAGAGACAGAAAACCAGGAAGACCCACCAACACCAGUAAAGAAACCUUGACAGGACUUGUACAACAUGAGGCUGUUUUGCCAUGGAAGGGCCGUGUAGGGGCAAUUCAAAAUAGAAAGCGCACUCUACAGUUUGCCCAGGAAUGGCCACUUGCACCGUGUACUGUGUGAAAAGAUUUACAGUUAUUGGUUGUCGCCCGUUCCACAAUGUUACCUUGGUUGGUUAUUGUUGGCCCAUGGGCUUGUCCUGUCUUAAUUUUACUGGUCCGACGCUAAAACCACUGGCCUCAGGCAAAUGGUUUCAGUGUCAAAUUAAAGCAAUGGCCGGUGAAUAAUUUAAGUAAGUCCCAUACUGCCCUUGUGUGAUUAUUUUUAAAUGAUGGCUUUUACUGGGUUAGCCAUAGAGGGCGCUCUAUAUUUGGAGUCAUUUGGCGUAUUUGUAUAAAUGUGAAGGCAUGGAUUCUGUUAAUCGUGCUUCAUUAAUCGUGCCAAUAUGCUUUACUCCCUCUAGAGGUGAAGGGAGUCCAGUGUAUUGGCACUGUUUAUGGUGCAGGGAUUCGGUCCGAUACUUCUCUGUUCUUCAAUUCAAAGCCAUGUUGGGAAGGGAUAGCCCUUUCCUUUGAUUGCUCAUUUGUAUCUAACUUGCAUUAAAGACACUGGACACUAUUGGUAAUUGUCAAAGACUAGUCUUCUUACUUGGUGUAUCUCAACAUACACAUA